UCCAAUCGACUCCACUGCAGUCCCGAUCAACGUGAGCAUAGUAGGAGGAAUCACCCUCUCUCUCCUGGGCUCCGCGGGGACAGACCCGAGAUGCUGAGGACCCUGAUGCUGGGCAGGAGCUACCUGAAGUCCUCAGGUUUCCCCGCUGUGGUCAGGCAGGUGUGGGGGACUCUGCAACACCCUCUGCGAAGGCCCAAGCGACCAUGCUCCCAGGUCUCCUGUGCACAGAAAACCAGGAGGGAUGCUCUGCACCCUCUGUGGAAGAGUGCAGGCUCCGUGCCCGGGGGCUCCCGGCAGUCCCCCAUCAACAUCCGCUGGAGGGACAGCGUCUACGACCCGGGGCUGCAGCCUCUGCGGGUCUCCUACGACGCUGCAGCCUGCCUCCACAUCUGGAACACCGGCUACCUCUUCCAGGUGGAAUUCGAUGAUGCCACCGAGGGGUCAGGAAUUAGUGGUGGCCCCUUGGAAAACCACUACCGGCUGAAGCAGUUCCACUUCCACUGGGGAGCAGCGAAUGAGUGGGGCUCGGAGCACACGGUGGAUGACCACGUGUACCCAGCAGAGCUGCAUCUAGUUCACUGGAACUCCGUGAAAUACCGGAACUACAAAGAAGCUGUAAUGGGAGAGAAUGGCUUGGCUGUGAUAGGCGUAUUUUUAAAGCUGGGGGCCCACCACGAGGCACUGCAGACGUUGGUGGAAGUCUUGCCGGAAAUAAAACAUAAGGACACAAGGGCGGCUGUGGGCCCCUUCGAGCCCUCCUGUCUGCUGCCCACCUGCCGGGAUUACUGGACCUACCCGGGCUCCCUCACCACCCCCCCACUAACCGAGUCGGUCACCUGGAUCAUCCUGAAAAAGCCCAUUGAAGUGGCUGUGAGCCAGCUGGCCGAAUUCCGCACGCUCCUGUUUUCUGCACUGGGUGAAGAAGAGAGGGUGAUGGUGAACAAUUACCGCCCACUUCAACCCCUGAUGAACCGGAAGGUCCGUUCAUCCUUCCAGGCCACGGAAGAGCGCACCAGAUCCUGAAUCUGUAACGACCGAGUCAAUGGGCAGAACUGACUUUGAAAAGAUGUAAUGUUUUUCAAGUCUCACAGUCGGAUCAUAUACAAUCUCUGAAAUUAAAAAAGA